AUGGCCCGAUCUUGCCGGCGCCAAGCUCGUGUUCAGGAUGACGGCAGCGACGAAGCUGCACAGGGCGAAAAGGCCGCUAGAGGACACCCUAGAGAUCGAAACCCGGAAAAACCACAGAAAGGAAGAUCUGAGCCUUCUUCUAAAGCGAAUACGAAAACCACAUCAGUUUCGCACUCGCUCUACGACCUACUGGGCGUUCCUGCCGAUGCCUCUCAAAAGGAAAUUACUUCUGCUUACAGACGCAGGGCUCUGUUGUGUCACCCAGACAAGAUUCGUCAAAGACAGGAGGGAGCUAGCGGCGAAACGGGCGAAGAGAGCCUGGAAGGCAAGUCGUACGAGGAGGCGUACGCAUAUUACAGGGAAAAGUUCCCGGAGGUGACAGAAGAAGCAAUAAAUGAAUUUAAACUUCGCUACAUUGGCAGCGAAGAGGAGAAAGAAGAUAUUCUAGAUUUCGUCAACAACGACCCCUCCGAGUGCAACAGAUACAAGGAAGUGCUUUCUGGCCUCCUCAAGGCAAAGAAAAUCAAAGCCACAGAAGAAUACAAGAAAUCCUUCCGCGAGUUUGACACCAUUGCGGAAAAGUACAAGAAACGCUUUGAGAAGGAAAAGGGUGCUGCACGUAAAGGCAAAGCCAGCAAGGAGGAAGACAUGUCUGCUCUUGCCCUGUCCAUUCUUGGAAAUGUGCGCAAGAGGGAGGCCGCAUCAAAUCGUUUCUUAGAGGAACUGGAGCAGAAAUACUCAAAGAAGAAAAAGAAAACCUGA